AUGCUACGAAUUGAUACUUCCAUGUCAUCUGUUGCCUCCUCUGUUAAUUCUUCUUCCUCGUUGUCAUCAUCGAGCAUCAUUUCUCGGUCGAGAUCCAAUUCCAUAGGACGAGUAACAAAUGUUCCGAUGAAACCUUCAUCACCCUCUUACAAUGGCGGAGGAGAAAACACACCUACAGCCACCUUCCAUCAUAUAUCGUCCAACAGAAAACAAAGUAUACACCGGUUUAGGUUUUUACAGGGCUUUCCAGUCACUGCACUGGUUGUAGUGAAUGGUAUUAGAGGACAACAAAUUAGUUUUAUGUAUCCGACGGAUGAACAUUUAAUAUUUCAACAACAAAGCAUGGUGCAAAAUGAUCCUCACUCUAUAACAACUUCCGAUACAAUUACCAACCCAUCUUCUAGUAAUGUAAAUACAAACAAUUUAAAUUCAUCAGAACAAGCACAACAAACGUUAGGAAAUUCAACAACCAAUACAAUUAAUAGUAGCGGAACCUCUAGUGUAGCGAUAGGAAAUACAGGAAAUAUUUCUGGUGUCGGAACCGCAAAUUCAUCACAGCAUCUCGUAUCGCAUCCACAAGUGGUUGAUAAAUAUGAAGACGCUUUUGGACUGAAUAGUGCUGCCCUUUCGUACUUGCUUUGUCCCCCAAAAAGUAAUAUUAUUGACAAAUCUAUGACCUUAAUUAUUGAUAAUUUAUUAUUUCUCUCAAGACCUGCUUCAAUUUUGGUUCGGAAAGUUAAUCAGCUAACAGAUUUUAGUGUGACAAAUCCGAUGAAUUUAGUUUCAGCAGGAGGUGAUUAUACUCAUUUUACAAUUGCCUUUGUUUUUCCAAAUCAUGUUAUGGAAGAUUAUAACGAAAGUGUAUUUUGUCAUCUUUUAACACUUUUAAUGAAAUCCUAUGUAAGAGAGCAACAACGUUGUGGAUACGUGUUAGAUCAAUUAAAUUUACUUGGAAAAUUAAAGGAUCAAGGAAAGAAUUGGAGAGACCUAGUUCUAAAAGCUUGUGAGUCAAGUCAGCUUGCUAAAGAAAUUAUCACUGUCGUGGAUGCCAUAAGAUCUGCAUCUCCUCUUCAACUACGAGUGAAUGGAUGGAUAGAAUUGGGAUAUAGAAUCCCAAAAAGAAUUCAUCAUAUACAAGAGAGAAAAUUAUAUAAUCUGUAUGACAUUCUUUCUAAGAACAAACCUUUUCAAGCAAAUACUUCUAAACGUUGCGAAGGCGUAAAACCAUACAAUUCAUGUAUUUUUGUGAAUGAUUUCCCCAAGUUGAAAAUACCAGUGGACGGUCUUCAAGAAUUACAAGGAAACGAUUCCAUUUUAAGGUUAUUUAACAAUGCUACAAAAACCAUAGGGGAGAUUGCCAAAGAUGCCAACUUGAGCUUAAAUUUUGUGUUGUCACUUGUACAACAUUUGGUGGAUUGGGGUGUUGUGAGAAUUAUUCCUAAAAUAAGUUAUAGUACAUUACUCGCAAUUAAUGAAAAUCCUGAUAAUAAUGACGAGGGAAGGUGUCCCAAGAAUGAUUGGUUUCCACCUCCAGAUCAUGUUAUUCAUGAAUUUUCAAAAAAAUUUCCUCAAUUUCCAAACUUGAUAGAAGUUUUGAAGAUAUUUUCGACUGUCAGAUCUUGCAAAGCACAUAUUGAAAACAUUUCUAAAAUUCAAUAUGCUUUGUCAGGAAAGUCGAAUCCAUACAUUGAACACUCUCCAACAACGUAUUUUCCAUCCGAGCUUAAAACAAAUAUUAUUAAUAGUGGAAAGAAAAAAGCUUCAAAUGGUUCCUCGGUACCUGCAAUUUCAUAUUCUGAACAAUAUAUGAUGUGUAUUAUAUGGCUUCUAAGAAAGGGCUAUAUUAAGGUGUGUAACACCUAUUAUCAACUUGUAAUACCUCACCAAACCGUUCAAGGUGCAAGCAAAUAUAUGAGACCAACGAUGACAAGAGAUCCAAUUUCACCUUCGACUCCUCCUUCUCAUAUCACAUUUUCUCCACCUCCUUCAAGAGAGGUCGAUAUGACACACGAGCCAUCCAUGAACGACGAAACAUCAAGCGUGGCUAGUAGCGAAAGCAGCAGCCCAAGAUCAUUCUCCUUCAAAAAGUACAUGAAUGUCAAGAUCGAUACGCAAUCAAGCCCCUCCAACGAAGCCAUCUCAGAAUCUAAUAUACCACGAACACUCUCUGUUUAUGAAAUGGAAUACAUUAAGAGAUUAUGCGAUGAUCCUCACAUGCUUGAACUGUUCAAGAAAUUGCAUGUGUAUUUUAAUGGCGGUUACUCUGAAAGAGAAAUCAUUCAUCAGAAUAAUAUUUCCAGGGAUGAUUUUAAGAAAGUGAUAAAAGCAUUUGGAGAUGUUAUACUGAGUUACACAAUUUAA